UCGUUCUUCUGUUCUUCUUUUUCUCAGGUUUGAUGAGUUGUGGCGUGCUCUUUUCUCUAUCCAUAUCAUGCUUUAAUUUCGGGAUGCAAGAUCCUUCCUUUUCCCCCUCUCUUGUUGGUUGGCUUUGUGAAUUAUGCUAUGUUGAGAUCACUUGUUGGUUGGCUAGGGUAAAGAAUAUGGAGAUUUUGUUGUUGGGUAUUGGAUUACAUGGGUGCAUAUGGGGGUUCUAUUUUGUUCUUCGGGAUUCUGGACCAAAGUCCUUUUCCUCACGGAUCCUAAAGAGAUCAACAGGGGACAGCUGUUUGGGUUCUUUUUAUCCUUUUCCCUUCUUUUUUAUUGCCCCUUUUGCUGUGGGUUGGCAUAAAUUGGUUUUGUUUGUGGUUCAAAGAGCUAGAAAAGUAGAACUGGAUUCACAUAAUAAAGGUCUAUUAGUUAUCUAAUCUUUGGACAUUGGCAAACAUGUAGCAACAGAACAAAGCCAUGGUUUUAUUGAUUAUUUGUCCUGGUUGAUUGAGAAUGUGUGUAUUGCAUGAGUGGAUAAACAAAGAAAUCCUAGCAGGGUAUCACUGGUUACUGCUUUCAUCGAUCAAGUAAAACGUAACUCUGAGCUCUGACUGUUGCCCUUUCUAUUCGUCCAUUUUGAUCUCCAUCUGUUUUUUUAUUUACUUUUAACUUGUUUGCCGUUCUCCAGAUUGUGUGCAAUUAUAUCCUCACAAAACAUCAGUUUGAUGAGCAGUAUAGGUUGAUAAGUAUGAAUGAUCAGUGGUAUAUAAAGAAACUUCACGUAAAUUUUCGGUGUGAGCCUUGCUUUGUGUUUCUAUUGGUAUAAAAACAUAUUUUGAUUCGGAAUGCAGCGAUUUGAACGCAUAUGUGUUCCCAUUGCUCUGCUAUUGCUUCUUCUGAUCAUUUGUUAUUCAUUAAUUGUUCUCGGUGGAAGCAUUUGAUCUCUGUUGAAUCCUUCCGAUUGUUUAUUUUCGUAUCUUCGCUGUAUUCCUGACUGUUGCAGCAGACUACAUUUCUUCUUAGGGUUGGAGCUUUCUGUGUCAAGUUCGUCCAGUUACUAUUUUGUAGCAGAAUCUGGCAAUGAGUUAUCAUCCUUCCACUUCCAAAGACCUUGCCAAGUUUAAAAUCAAGGAAAAGAAAAAUGUCCACGUUCUUUAUGAUGUCUAACAACCAAUGCGACACAACUCCAGAUCUUUGUCUGAAGGAUCAAGGACAUCCCCCAUAUUCUGAAUCAUCAGUUCCUGCCGACAUGAUGUACCUUAGUUUUUCGAAUUCUGGUGCGUAUGCAGAUGCAUCAGCUGGCAGUACUCAGACACAGCAGAAUCACAAUGAGCUUCCUGUUGCCACUACCAUUAUUUCGCAAGGCUUGACUGCAGGGAAUUCUGAUAUACUCAACUCAUAUCCUGGGGAUCAUGCUUAUAAUGCUUGGAAGGAUGGAAGAAACGAGAUGUUAUUUAUGCAGACAAUUGAUGGGUCCAUAAAUGUUAUGGAAGAUCAACAACAUGCUGAUGAUCCUCGGAUGAGUCUGCGGUCACAGUUGGGCAUCAUAAAUAGGCAGAGCUUGUCUCUACAGCAGUCCAGUGUUUCAGCCAUGCAAAAUCAAGGAUUAUCACUCAGCCUUAGCACACAAAUGCCAGUUCCUUCAAUCCAGUACCAGCCUAAUAGCUCAGAUAUAUCUUUCAUUGGUUCUCAUCAGUCAACUUCUGGAAAUGUUAGGCCAUUCAGAGAGGAAGGCUUUCAGAAUAAAAGUGUGCAUGGAAAUAUCUCCCCUUAUGGACUUUCAAGUCUUGCAAGCUCAAUUUCAAAUUCUAAGUACCUCAGGGCAGCACAAGAAUUACUUGAUGAAGUCAUUAAUGUCAGGAAGGCUCUGAGGCAAAAAGCAGAAAAGAACCAAUGUCUCUAUACUUCUGCUGGUUCCAUGACGUGUAACGAUGCCACUGGGGGAUCAAAAGGUGAAGGGAUGACUCCAAACCCUCAAGACGCCUCUGCUAAUUCUUCCAGUGAGCUCUCACCUUCUGAAAGGCAGGAUCUUCAAAACAAGGUCUCAAAUCUGUUGGGGAUGUUGGAUGAGGUUGAUAGACGGUACAAACAGUACCACAAUCAAAUGCAGAUAAUAGUGUCAUGUUUUGAUGCAAUUGCUGGUUGUGGGGCUGCUAAACCAUAUACGGCCCUUGCCCUUCAAACCAUUUCUCGGCAUUUUCGCUGCCUGAGGGAUGCCAUCAGUGGCCAAAUUCGAGCUACAAGGAAAAGUCUUGGAGAACCAGACAGUUCUAGUAAGAGUGUUGGGCUGUCUCGCCUUCGGUACAUAGAUCAGCAGUUAAGGCAACAGAGGGCCAUGCAGCAAUUUGGUAUGAUGCAACAGCAUGCUUGGAGACCACAGAGGGGUUUGCCAGAGUCAUCUGUCUCAGUUCUUCGUGCUUGGCUGUUUGAGCACUUCCUUCAUCCCUAUCCAAAGGAUUCGGAGAAGCUAAUGCUUGCAAGACAGACAGGCUUGACAAGAAGUCAGGUUUCGAACUGGUUCAUAAAUGCACGAGUUCGUCUUUGGAAGCCUAUGAUCGAAGACAUGUACAAAGAAGAAUUUGGUGAUGUUGAGAUUGACUCAAACUCUUCUUCAGAAAAUCCACCAAAACUGAAGGAAGACAUUCAAUCCUCGGAGGAUCAUGAAGACUUGCAAAACCAUGCAACUGGAAGAUGCCAAACAAGCCAGAUGAGUGACUCUUCAAGACCCAAUAUCAUCCCAGCCAUGGAUGUGGAUGAGUCAGCUGCUGGUUUCCAGAAUGGAACAGCUACACAAGACUCCUUUAUGAAUCUGAAAGCCAAUGACCAAAGAUCAAUUGGACAAGAUGCCAGCUUCUUACAAGAUGCUCUUGCACACCCAGACGGCAAUGGCAGAUUUUUAGCUUAUCAGAUGGCUGAGUUAGGCUGCUAUGGAAAUGGCGGGGUGUCCCUCACACUGGGACUGCAGCACUGCGAUGUCGGCCUUCCUAUAUCGGACAAUCAGCAGAGCCUUCUUGCCAUGAGAGGGAAUGAUGCUUACAGUGCUGCUGCUCCAGCUGGGGCUGAUACAGCUGAUUAUGAUUACGCGAACAUGGGAGAUCAGCGACACCGGUUCGGGUCAGCACAUUUGCUGCAUGAUUUUGUCGCUUGAAUUGAUUUGUGUUGGUGAUGAUUGCUAAUGAAGUUUCUGAACCAGAAUAAUUUGUUCCAAAUUGCCUUCCUAGGCAUUGCUUGCAACUCUAUAGGAGAAAGUGAGUUAGCAUGGUGAUGUAACAUAAGAGGUGGUGGGAUUAUAGGGUAGCAUAUUGUAAAGAUAGAAGCAUAAUUUUUGUGUAAUCUAAUUAAUCCUUGUGUUUUGUAUACUAUAUGGAUGGCUUUGGCUCUGCAUACAAUUACACAAUUGUAAGAAUAUUUGAUUGUAAGAAUUGUGAGAAAUGUGGUAUUUUAUUUAAAUUCUCA